AUGGAGACUUCGCUGGUCAUUGAGGUCGAGGCCAGCCCAAUGGCGAAGCGUCUAUCCACGAUGAAUCAGACCGAGCAGGACGUCGAUGCAGCACUUCGUGGGGCGGAAGGGUACUGCCAGGAAGCCGUGGACUUUCAGGAUUACAUGCAGAAGGAAGCAGAGGCGGAGCUCAAGGCGAUCAGGGAGGAAAAUGAGAACCACGCAGCGGACGAGUUCGAGCAGCGGCAGCGCCAGCAAGCAGAAGAUAUCCAGAGCCACCACGCGUCCAUGAUGCACGACGUGACAAAUGACGAAGGGCGCUACUACAACGACAGGGGGCUCACGACGGAGUGGGCCAACACCUCGGUCCAUAUUGCACUCCAGAAGAAGAUGACCUCCGAGGACAUCUCCUUCGGCAAGUUGCUGUAG